UUCCCUGCACUGAAGCAUAGGGUGUGCUGUUGGACAGAAAGUGAACUCUGGACCCUCCAUUAAACCAACAUUUCCGUAAGUUGUCUACAGUGGUCACAACAAAACGUUGUCCUACACAACUUCUCCUGCGUGUUGUGGACAUUUAUCAGCGAUAAUGUCAGAAAAAACAAGCUUUGCCGAUACCAACGUACACCUGGAUGUUAAGGAUUAUUAUGGAAAGACGUUGAAGAACACCUCAGACCUGAAGAGCAAUGCCUGUGUGGCUUCUGCCACGCCCCUUCCAAAAUUCAUCGUCCAGGCUCUGAAGAAAGUCCAUCCUGAUGUCACUGACAGAUACUUUGGUUGCGGUCUGGUGGUGCCAGAGUGUUUGGAGGGAUGCAGGAUUCUAGACCUGGGCAGUGGGAGUGGUAGAGACUGCUAUAUGCUGAGUCAGCUGGUGGGAGAGACGGGCCAUGUCACUGGCAUUGACAUGACUGAGGAUCAGCUUGAAGUAGCCAGGAAACAUGUGGACUUUCACAUGAAGGAGUUUGGCUACAAGAAGCCCAACGUGACUUUUGUCCAGGGCUUCAUUGAGGCCUUGACAGAGGCGGGGCUGGAAAAGAGCUCUUACGAUAUCAUUAUCUCCAACUGUGUGGUCAACCUUUCUCCAGACAAGAAGAAAGUUCUGACCGAAGCUUACAGUGUGCUUAAGGAUGGUGGUGAGUUCUUCUUCAGUGACAUGUACUGCAAUGGAAGACAAACGGAGGAGAUUAAAAACAACAAAGUCCUGUGGGGUGAGGGCUUUGGUGGUGCGCUGUGGUACAAAGAUCUGCUGCAAUUGGCCAAGGAAGUAGGAUUCAGCACCCCGAGGCUUGUUACUGCCAGCACCAUCACUGUUGACAACAAGGACAUGGAGGCGAUUCUGGGUGACUUCAAGUUUGUCUCUGCCACAUAUCGUCUGUUUAAGGUCCCUAAAGGCAGCACCAAGCCAUGUAAAGUCAUGUAUAAUGGUAACAUCACAGGGGCGGAGGAGACCCUCCGCUUUGACUGUCAGUACACCUUCAAGGCUGAUCAAGUGGCGGAGGUAGAUGCCGACGUAGCCGCCAUUCUGACCCAUUCCAGAUUUGCACAGGUCUUCACUUUCCAGCCACCAGGAGGCUCCUGUGAACCCUGCGGAGUCCGACCAAAGGCAAGCACCGAGAAUCCUUUUGAGCUGGCUGUGCAGCUGCAGACAGCAAGUCCAGGUUCACCCACAGGGGGGAGUUGCAGCACAAAGUCUGCAACCUGCUGCAAGUGAUUGAUGCAAAUACGCCCAGAGUCACAUGGUGGUACAACAGUAGUUUAAAUAAACAUAUUACUCAAUACGUGCAUUAAAUGUGCUGUAGGGGUGAAUAAUUAGAACAGUCAAACCCAGUAAAUUCAGGUUAUAGCGAAUACUAUAUUACAGGAAAUUAUGUUAUGAUAACUGAUGUUUAGUAUUCACUGCUCUCCCCCUUUAAACAGGAUAUGCUUGUUGUGGAAAUACAACAUCAUAGAUCAUUUUUUGACACCUACUUUAAACAGAUUUAAUUACUCACAAUGUUCCAUCCUUUUUUUUGUAUUUUUUACAUUUCUUCGUGACGAGCUGCAGCAUACCCCAGCUGACUUAUUGUAAGAGGUGUACCCCACCUGACUAGAGAGACAGUCAACCAUUCACACUUUUAUCCUCACUCAGUGGGGACUGAACCCACACAAGUCAAUCACUAAACCAGUGGUGUCCAAAGUGUGGCUCGUAGGCCAUUGGCAUAUCAAAAUAAAAUACAUUGAAUAUCAUUGACAUACAAUAUGUUACUUGAUAUUACACUUUUGCAGCACACGGACAUCCCUGCACUAAACUAUUAGUAACCUUCACAAUCUUCAGUCCAAAUAAUGAAACGUUUAAGUGCCUUUUGGUGUGAUACGUCUUACUUGUAAACGGCACACUUCUAACUAUGUACCACUUCUAAUUUGAAUGACUUGUUUAAUUGAAUUUGCCACAUGGUUUUAAUAAAUGACAUGAAUUGCUGAAUGUUACUGUAAUAAGAAAUAAAUGUCUUAUCAUGCUA